AUCAAAGAUGCACAAACAUUGAUCACCGGCGACAUUGAUGCAAUAUUAAAACGAGACACGUUUGCUGGCAUUCCUAUCAAUGCCAUUCGUCAAAUAGUUACACAAGAGAAUUCUGUGGAAGCUAUCAAGCACAUUGCAUUCGAUGGCAUGGCUAUCGCAGGCGUUGAUAAGAAUACAUUAAAUUUUGUGAAAAAACUGCCUGAAGGAAUCAAAGACAUAGAAACAUUGUUCAACAGUGAUUUAGAAAAAAUGUUAAGACAAAAUAUGUCAGGUAGUAUCGAUCAACUGUUGGGAAUGUUUACUGAGCAAUCAUUGUUCAGCGGCAAAGAAAAAGAGAUGUUCCAAAUUAUUCGUCGUCGAAUACCUAUGAUACAAGAUGUGGUCAACGGCGAUGGCAAAGCCGUUCUCUCAAAUGCUCUUCAAACUUUCGGUCAACAAAUCAAUAAUUUACCGUUAACCGAUUUCCUUGAUAUUGCUCUACCAGCUGCUAUUCAACGUGUCGCUAAUCGUGAACAAGAAGCUGUUCGUGAUGUUUUCAAAUCAACUGUAGAUCAACUCAAAUCGAUCAGUGGAGACUUCAACGAACAAACGUGUCAAGUGAUUAACCAGAUUUUGCAAUCGUCUGACAAGUGGAAUACUUUCGAAAGGACGAAAAAUCAAUUGGACAAUAAUGUUCGCCUAUUAUUAGGCCCAGCUAUUGAACGUGAGAAAGAAUUUAGGAAUGCUUAUAAUAACUUGACUAGCAACCCUCAAGCAAUUCGCAACUAUCGCCAAGUUCUCAGUAGAACGUUUGGCACGACUCGAGGACGAGGAGCGGAUUUGAAAAAACUAAUUGAAAGCAAUGCGAACUCUGGAGGGUUCUUAUUGAAACGUGCGGUGAGUGAAUUUGUUAAUGAAGUAAGUAGUCAAGAAAGUGGAACAAAAAGUCCAGAAGUGAUGAAACUACUCAAAGAACAUCUCAACGAAAUUUUCAUACGACCCAUUGCAGAGAAGGCAUGCGAACGACAAAUGGAUCAAAUUGAUACCGAACUUGUUAACAAUUUCACCAAUGCAAUCACUUAUGUGCAGAAACAACGGCAACAAACUCAACAUUAA